AUGUUCAUUGAAUCCGCUGAGGAAGUAGCGGCAGAUCUAGAGAAGGCAGGCGCCAUACCCAAGUCUGCACCGGCUCCUCGUGGUGUGAGCCCUGUUGGCUUUCCCGACGGCGGCUUCGGAUGGAUCAACUGCAUCGGGGUGUUCCAGGAAUACUACCAGGAGAGCCUGCUGCUGGGCUACUCGUCAAGUACCAUCUCGUGGAUCCCGUCGCUGCAAAUCUUUAUGAUGUUCUUGGGAGGGCCGGUGUUUGGGAAGCUCUUCGAUAACUAUAGUCCGAGGUGGCUUCUGCUUGGCGGCACAUUCUUCUAUAUCUUCGGAUUGAUGAUGACUUCGCUAUCGACCAAGCACUAUCAGUUUAUCCUAGCUCAAGGCAUCUGUAGUGCUCUAGGUGCGAGUGAUGUGUUCUACGCGGCCAUAAGCUCGGUCGGAUAUCCUUGGACUCUGAGAGCCGUGGCUCUUGUGAUGUUGGGGAUGCUUGUUGUUGCCAACCUCACUGUCAAGUUCAGAUUGAUGCCGCAACCCAGGAAACUCGAUGCGAUGAGCUUCGUUCGACCGCUGAAAGAGCGUGCCUUUAGCUUGCUGUGCCUCGCAUCGUUCCUGUUCUUCUUUGGGACAUUCUUGCCAGGAAAAUAUAUCAUUCUGCAAGCACGAAUUCAUGGCAUGUCAGCCAGCCUAUCCAUCUACCUUAUUGCAAUCCUCAAUGCGGCGUCUAUCUUCGGGCGUAUCCUCCCCGGCAUAAUUGCAGAUCGCGUUGGCCGCUUCAAUGUGACGGUUAUCACCACCGCCUUCUCGGCUAUCAUCGUCCUCAACCUUUAG